AUGCUGGGCGUGGGUCAGCUCACGAAGCGCAUCCACCAGCCUGGGAAACACCUUGGUGGGAUGGAAAGCACGUAUGCAGCCCCGUCUCCCACCUACGUGGAUGUACAAACAUCCCGUGCAGUGCUGCCAGCGCAGUCGCCGCCACCGUCUGAAUGUCGAGACGUGUCGAUGCCAACGUGGACGCCUUUCUUCCCGUUCACACCCACCAAAGAGGUGAGUGAUUUACUCCUCCGACCUUUAGAAGGAGACCGGCCGUCCCAUGGAGAUAUCGUUGGUGUUCCCACCAGCAACACGCCAAGUGCUACCAUGCGUCAUCUUUACGAUCGCCUCCACUGCAAUCAAGGCAAUAGCGACGGCGCGUUGCGUCCAGGCGGUGCCAUCUCGCUCUGGGAUCGAUCCCACUGUGGUCUUGUGCUCGGCUCGCUUUUCGUGGGGUUUAUGCUCGGCGCGCUUCCCUCCACGAUCUUGUCCUCGGACGUCCGCGUGGCGACCGUGGCGCCGCUGCUGGGUCCGUUGUUUUCCCCGAUAUUCGGGGUGUGGUCACCCGUGAUGCUGUUUCCCGCAUCCAUUCGCUUCUUCUUUGGCGUGUUGAGCGACCUGUGUCCCCUCUACAGCUCCCAUCGAAAGCCGUACAUGUUGAUCGGGUGGUCCGUCGCAUUCCUAUCGUUUCUCUUGUCUGCCAUCCUGCUUUCAACCUCCGCCCUCCACGAGGCGUCCCUUGUCCUCAUGCUCGUGGCAAGCCUAGGCGUAACAUUAACUGACGUCGCUGGGGAUGGGCUCAUGGUGGAACUCGCCCAGCGGGAACCUCUCCAUUCCCGAGGAAAGACUCAAUCCAUCGUCAUGGCGUCCAAGGGUAUCGGAUUGGCGCUGUCCCAAGUGUACGUGGGGGUGCUUGAGGGGUCCGUCUCCACGCAGUGGACGCCCCAUGACCCAACCUACCUCGGGUUUCUCUACAGCCUGGCCAUGCUCUCGGCCGUGUCGACGUUGUUUGUGUGGUUCCUCUACACCCCCCCACCACCACCACCCCCCCUUCCAUCCUCCUCCCCCCCUCCUUCUUCCGUGUUGGAUCGCAUCCUGGCGCUGUGGACAUGCCUGCAAUCCAAAGCCAUCUUGUCCUUCCUGCUUUUUUCGUUCGUGUCGUCAUUCGCCGUCCACGUCGGCAGCGGCGGCACCUCUCAAUUCAAGCGCCGCGUGCUCGAUGUAAAUGUCGAACAGACGUGGCUACGCACUGGAGGCACGACCAUCCCCCAUCCCCACGACCAUCGUCUUGUUCUUGUCGUCGUUGUACUCGGCGCCGUUGUGUUUGCUAUAGCCAUGGCCAUCUUUGGAAUAACAUCCUGCGGCGGCUCCACGAAGCCGACUUGGAAGCUUGCCAUGACAUCGACCACCCUGGCUAUUGGCGUCUUGGGAACGUUGCAUGCCUCGUACACUGUGUACGGAACGUGUCGGGCGCCAUGGUUCUGGUACGGUGUGCUCGUACUCGUGCAGAUUCCCCACGGUAUCCGCCACCUCGUCAGCAUGUUGCCCGUGGUGGAGUUGGCUCCCAUGGGUUAUGAAGCUACGAUGGCGAGCCUCGCCAUGUCCAUGCAGCUGAUGGCUAUGCCUGUGGCCACGGCCGCGUUUAGCUCGGUCCAACGUGCGGUGCUGGAACGGUUCGACGCGCAGCCGACAACGGUCACUAAUGUCGAAAUGCAAAUCGGCGACUUGAUCUGUCUCAGCCCUCUGGGCGGGUUUGGGGUGCUGCUUAGUCUAGUGUGGCUCCCUGGCUCGAAAAUCGAAGCCCAAGUGUGGCGGCGGGGCGGCGGCCGCAGUCGGGUGCUCGGGUGGACGGCUGUCGUGGUGGGGGGGGUGGGGGGGCUCACGCUGCUGCUUGUGACCAGUACCCUCCUCAUGUACUCGACAUGGUCGUGCGCAGCGGUGCUUGGAGGACGCGGAUGCUCCCCACGGGUAUAA